UCAUUCUGUUAAGAAAACUCAAAACCAACUUACAAUCCCAAAAUUUCUAAUAUAAAUACAAACCAGAAAAUUGUAGCCAACAGAUUAAUUAAGAGCGAAAAAUUCCACUUCGUGUUAUUAAAAAUUAAUACCAAAAGAGAUAGAAGGAUAAAAAUCAUGAUGAAUCCAAGAGGUGGAUACACUGGUUUUCGGCCCAGAAGAUAUAAUCUCCGCAGCACCUCUCAAAAUCUUCCAACCAGUUUUCAGCCAAAUACAGAAUGGAAGGAAGAAGAUGCAGCUCUAGUUUUACUUGUAUAUCUUCCUGGUUUCUUGAAAGAGCAAGUAAGUGUUGCAGCAGACGAACUGCAAAGUAAUAUCAGAGUUUAUGGAGAGCGUAUACUCGCAAAUAACAUGCGCAGUCGCUUUAAUACAGCUCACAUCGUUCCCAAAAAUUGUGACCUGAGCCAAAUGAAAUUGGAGUUUGCUGGUGGGAUCCUAACCAUCAGGAUUCCGAAAAACAUUCCUGCUGUAAAAAGUACUGAUACUGGAGAAUUGGAGGCCACAGCUAGCCAAGAGGAUCCUGGGCUUCAAGACUCCACAGGAAAACCAAAGCCUGAGAAGAAUGGAGAAGAGACUCCUUCAGGGAGAACCUCAACCACCUUUGCCAAAGAAACAGAAGGGAAAGAUGUUAAAGCUCUAAGCCCCCAAAAGGCAGCCAGCGAAGAGGUAUCUCAAAAGGGUCAAGAUGAAGCUCCUCAAAAAGCUGAUUUACUGGUUAAUACCACAAAACAAGUAGAGGAGAAGAGUGCAGGGUUAGAUGGUGAAAAGGCUCAUCAAAUUGUCACCGAAAAGAAAGAAAAGAAUGAAGCAAACGGGAAGCCUGUUGAAGAGGAAAAGCCCGAGAAAGUUGCUGAAAAGCCUUCGAAAGAAGAGGAGAAAAGUGAGGAACCAAAGAUAGCUGAGAAAGUUGUUGAAAAGCCUUCGGUGAAAGGAGAGGAAAAGGAUGAGAAAGGUGAGGAACCAAAGAUAGCUGAGAAAGUUGUUGAAAAGCCAUUGGCAAAGGAAGAGGAAAAGGAUGGGAAAAGUGAGGAACCAAAGACAGCUGAGAGUGUUGUCCUGAAGAAGGAGGAGGAGGAGGAGAAGAAUGAGACAGCUGCUGGUGAUGAUAAAGAGAAGUCUAACAAGGAUAUUUCUAAGGAUGCAGAGAAUGCAAGAGCUUCUGCUAACAAGGACGAGGACAUGAAGAAUGAUGAGAAUCAACUGAUAGUGAAUAUUUUUGUGGCAGUUUCAAUAAUUAUGGCAGUUGGAGCACAUUUCUAUAGCAUUUUUAGCUCAUCUGGCAAGAUCUAAAGCUAUGUUCCAAGAACAAGACUGUGGCAUGAAAAUAUGGCAGUAUCAAUAAAUACUAUAUCUGAAAGCAUCUCUAGAACAGUUGAGAUGCAAGUAUUGAGAUCGCAUGUUUAUUAUAUUUUAAGCACAUAUACUUAAUAUGAGCAUAUUUCAUCUUUUUUUAAAAUAAAUAAAUAAAUAAUGGAACAUGUUUUAUCAUUAA